AUGGUAAAACGUGUCUGGAUAACAUUAUUCCGUCUUGAUUGGUUUACAGGUUUCUUUGAAUCUCUGUGGAGGGACAUAGACAUGAACAGGCUUCGUCACGAUCCUUCCAAUGAUUUGAAUUUCGUAAUUGUUUCUCACGGGCUGACAUCGCGUAUUUUCCUUAUGAAGUGGUUCAAGUGGACGGUUGAGCAGUUUGAGGUCCUAAACAAUUUUGGGAACUGCGAGUUCCGUGUUAUGGAGCUAGGAAGUGGUGGUGAAUACAGCUUAGCUGUUCAUCAUACAGAAGAAGAAAUGCUGGAAUGGGGACUCUCUCCUGAGAUGAUAGCUGACCAAAAAUGGCGUGCCACGGCGUGCAGGGGUGACUGGAAUGAUCAGUGUCCCUGGUACCUUGGGGAGUUUUUUGAUCAUCUUACAGACUCUGAUGAUGAUGAUGCUCCUGUGGAAAAUGAAGGUGAUCCUAAUUCUUUAAGUGUAUGUACAUAG